AUGACCGAUUUAAAUCCAUCAAAACUUGGCACAAAGUCCUAUUGGGAUAAUUUCUAUAAUGUGGAGAAAGAAAAUUUCAAAGAGAACCCACAGGAUACCGGAGAGUGCUGGUUUGAUGACUCGAAUGCUGAGCAGAAAGUAGUUAACUUUUUAACAACUCUAGCAGAAGAUGGUGAAAUUCCUGAAAUCGUAAACUUUGAAAGCACAGAAGUGAUUGAUCUAGGAACAGGAAAUGGUCGGCUCUUAAUAUCUGUACGUGAAGCUGGAUUUGAAGGUCAGCUAACUGGCCUUGAUUACUCAGCGCCCGCUGUCGAGUUUGCCGAGUCCGUCGCCGCUGAAGAACAAAUCGAAAACAUCAAGUUCCAGCAUGCUGACUUUUUAACAUCCUCUAAUUGGAAUGAGAGUCAGAGUCAAUGGGAUGUAGUACUAGACAAGGGGACGUUGGAUGCUAUUGCACUGUCUUCUGAAAAAUACAAGGGAGAAGACGAAGUAGAGCGCACUGGUGUGGAACAAUACGCCCACGCUGUAAAGGAUAUGGUUAAAAGUAAAGGUAUUCUGCUCAUUACGUCAUGCAACUUUACAGAACCCGAACUUAUAAAUGCUAUUACCAAAGAAGGGGCAUUUGAAAAGUGGAGAAUAGUCAAAUACCCUUCGUUUGAAUUUGGUGGUGCCAAAGGUCAAACCAUCUGUACAGUUGCAUUUAGAAAACGGGAAUAA